CUUUGUCUCUCACGCUUUCGCCCUCUGAAAAAGUGAAAAGUGAGAUUCAGUUUUAGGACAUUUUACGCCCCCACCGAAGACAUAUAUCUCUGCGUGCUCCAGUGUGGCUGCGAUCAUGCUCUGAGGUUCUGAUGCGGCGGGUCGGCUGAGAGGAGCCACUGCGCAUUUUCGACACGAGGUUUGUCGCUCACUGCUCAAGUCGAGGUGCAGUUCUGCCUCAAGUAACGCCCUGAGGAGGGAGGAGAAGACGGAGGAGAGGAGUAGGAAAGGACAAGAAAAAGAGGAAGAGGAGGACCAUGAGGUGGUGCAGCCAGUGGCUGGACACGCAGAACAAGGCUCAAAAGACACAACAUAUAUGAAGAAACUUAAGAAAGAAGAAGAAACCGGGGCCAACAUGUCCGACGGACGAUCCUCCAACAGUAACACCCCCGCGGCGGGAGACCUCGCGCAAAAUCAUCACCAUCGUCCUCCGCCGCCUCAUCUCAGUGCUGGACCGUCCAUCAGGCCGCACACCAAGAUCCCCGAGAUCCUCCCUCAUGAGCGCGUUUUCCCCAUCCAGAUCGGCUCGGAGCUGUUUAAGCUCUCAGGCGCCUCCAUCUCCUCGGACGCGCCUUCCUACUUCUCCCAGUACUUCCUCUGCCAGAUCAAACAGGCCGAGGACAAUGGCGAUGACCCUGCCACCGCCAUCCGCACGCUCUACAUUGACCGCGACCCGGUGACCUUUCGGGAUAUCUCGCUGCACCUUCAAGGCUACCACGUCUCGCCGCGCGACGGCACUCACUUUGUGCGCCUCUUUGCCGACGCGCAGUUCUACACCCUGCCCAAGCUCAUCUCGCAGCUCCACGAGGAGAGCAUCUUCAUGUCCAUCGGCCACACCGAGUUCCAGAUCCCGCGCGACCUCUUCUCCGACCCGGGCAACUCGCCCAACUUCUUCAGCCUGGGCUUCGCCAUCUUCUUCUCGGACCCCUCCGACCUCUUCCCCGGCCUCGACCGCGAGGGCCUCAUCCGUCCCCCCUCCAUCCUGCCCCCCUGCGUUCCUGGCCGCAGCGCCGAGGUCUUUGCCGAGCUGCUCCACCUGCUCAGGGGCUACCCGCUGCAGAUCCGCAGCGACGAGCACCGCGCCACCCUGCUCAAGGACUGCCGCUACUUCAACUUCCGCGGCCUCGAGCAGCGCCUCAUCCCCCACGCCCGCGCCUUCAACCAGUUCCGCGGCCGCGACGAGAUCGUCCUGCGCCUCGAGGACAUCCUCAAGAGCGGCGUCAGCGACGAGGAGGAGGACGAGGAGGAGGACGAGGAGGACCGCUGGGUCCACUACGCCAGGCCCUUUGUCGACCACCGCUCGGCCGAGCUGAUCCUCGAGGUCGGCGGCGAGAACAUGCGCCUGCACUUCCACGCCCCAGGCGACACCGGCAUGCGCGUCGAGUUCUUCCGCGACGGCCGCGUCCGCCUGACCAAGCUGUUCGAGGUCAUCGCCAGCAAGCUGAACCUGCCGCCCACCACCCAGCCCUUGGGCCUGCUGAUGAAGUCGGGCGGGGCCUCGAGCCAGCCCCCCACGCCGGGGAACACGCCCCUGAGCGAUGACUGGGUCAAGUGUGAGAUCCCGCCCGAGACGGCCAUCACCCUGGACGGGAGGAAGUACACAGGGCACAGGACGGUAUCGUCAGAGAGCAGUGGGGGCAACGAGGCCACCGAGACGCCAAACGCUGUCGGAACAGCACCGACGACCAAUACGAGCAGCAGCGCCGGGAUGGCCAUCGACUCUCCAACGGAGAUAGCGGGCUUGUCGCUGUACCCGCCGAGGAAACGCAAGAGAGUCGAUGGUGGGCACCUCAACGGCGUGGGCGUACCAGAGGAAGGAUACUGGACCCUGAAGACGGCGCAGUGGAGGCUACGGAUACAGGGCGUGGGAAGUGGGAGGACCAAUGUCGAGUGUGUGCUGAUUGCUGUCAAAAUAAACGCCCUGAGUGGUGAGUACGCCAGAAACGAGGCAAAAUCCUUCUUGAUGGGUUGA